AUGCCUACCAAUGGCAGCAAAGCGCUGACACUGGUCGUGGGCCUGAUCAACUACGAGGGCCGCUACCUGACGGCCGAGGCCUUCAGUUUUAAGCUCAGUGCAUCUGCGCCCAGCCUCAAACGCAAGCAGCGUUGGACCCUUGAGCAGGACGACACACAGACACAAGUGGUCUACCUGCGCUCGCACCUAGGCCGCUACCUUGCGGCCGACAAGCACGGCCGCGUCACCUGCGAGGCGGAGACGCGGGACGAGGCACAGCCCGACUGCCGCUUCGUGGUGGUGGCGCAGUCGGACGGCCGCUGGGCCCUGCAGUCAGAGCCCCACCAGCGCUUCUUCGGGGGCACCGCCGACCGACUAUCCUGCUUCGCCCAGUUCAUCGGAGACCCGGAGCUGUGGGCUGUCCACUUAGCCCUCCACCCACAAGCUAACCUGCACAGCGUUGCCCGCAAGCGCUACGCGCACCUGUCGAGCGAGGGCGAGGGGGAGGUGGCCGUGGACAGCAACGUGCCCUGGGGUGUGGACGCGCUCCUGACGCUUGUCUACCGGCUGGACGGCAAGUACGCGCUGAAGACGGCCGACAGCCGCUUCCUGGGCAAUGACGGCAAGCUGUCGGUGGACAGCGGACGCGCCACGGGCUACACGCUGGAGUUCAAGUGCGGCAAGCUGGCGUUCAAGGACUGCGAGGGCAAGUACCUGACGCCCAUGGGACCCACGGGGACGCUGCGGUCGGGCCGGUGUUCGAAGCCGGGCAAGGAGGAGCUGUUUGACCUGGAGGAGAGCCGACCGCAGGUAGUGCUCACAGCAGCCAACGGGAAAUACGUCUCCAUACGGACAGGUGUUAACAUCUCGGCCAAUCAGGAGGAAGAGACGAACAUGGAGACGUUCCAGAUGGAAUUUGACAGACAGACCAAAGAGUGCACCUUCAGGACCAACGCAGGACAGUACUGGGAGGUGGUCAGCCACGGCGGACUCCAGGCAACCGCCAAGGAAGUAGGUGCCAACACCAUGUUUCAGAUGCAUUGUCUGGACCGACGUAUUGCCCUCAGGGCCAGCAAUGGGAAGUACGUCUGCAUGAAGAAGAACGGACAGCUCUUAGCCGUCAGUGACGCCAUCGGUGAUGACGAGCAGCUGGUUUUGAAGCUGAUCAACAGGCCCAUCCUGAUCCUGAGGGGGGAGAACGGCUUCAUCUGCCACCACAAGACCUCCAACACGCUGGACGCCAACCGCUCCGUAUACGACAUCUUCACACUGGAGUUCAGCAAUGGGGCCUACCAAAUUAAAGGUAUAGGUGGAAAGUUCUGGUAUGUGAACAGCGUCGGCGUGGUGUGUGCGGACGGCGAGACGCCGGAGGACUUCACCUUCGAGUUCCUGGAACACGGCCGCAUGGCCAUCCGCUCGGCCAAGAACGGCAAGUACCUGCGCGGAGAGCAGACGGGGACGCUGAAGGCCGACGGCGAUGUCGUCAAGUGCUCCACGUUGUGGGAAUACUGA